AUGCCGUCAUCACUUCGUAUACGCGAUAGAAGCCGCGCAGUGGCGAACAAAGUCGCAAGCUGGGACGUCGUAACGAAAGCCGUGGACCGCGCUUUCCUGGAACUUGCGGAGCUAGACGGCAAGAAGGACGAGGAGGAGCGGCCGGUGAUUAACGUUCCGGAGCUAUACACCGGCGUGCUCCUCGUGUACAACUAUGUGAACCGCUACUCCCCGGGGAGUUAUCUGAGCCCUCCAAAGAAGAAGGAUGUUCUCAAGCUGGUCAAGAAAUUCGAUCUCAACAAUGAUGGGGUCAUAGACCGGGAGGAAUUCGGUAGGCUGCUCCGGCACUUCGUGAAGCAUCUCCUGAGAAACAUGAUCAUCAACAUUCUCGUCAUGCUCACUGUGAUCCCGUUCCUAUGCUACUUCACAUGCAAGGCCAUGGGUAGGGUGGGAGGCUCAUGCGACACGUCUCGCCUGGACAACACCGACCCGCGCAUCACAGGCUCGCACGGGACCCUCUUUGACUUCCCCGGGCAGCUCGGCAAAUCUUUCUGCUUGCUUGCCGACCAUCGGAUCCACAUCAAUGUUCUGCUGCAGAGCCACCAGGGACCAGAGUCCGCAGCGGCAGCGGCACUAGCAGCAGCAGGCAUGCCGAGGAGAGUGGCAGAGGGAAGCCUGCAUGUGUGGGUGAAGGAGGUGGGAGUGGUGUGGGUGUCAUCUGGCGGCAAGCAGCACUCGCUGCGCAUGGUGGCGCGCACAGGCAACCAGCAGGACAGGGGGGCCAACGGUUUCCUCGCCCUCAUGCAGGUGGACGGUGCUGACGUGGCACCGCCACGCUUCCAUGAUGACCUGGCAGUGGUGGGAGCGGAUGGAAGUGUGGAGAUAAGGAAGUCGGCGGAGGAAGAGGAUGGGCCUUUCGAUGUGGACACGUAUGAAGUUGUGUUUGAAGGGCUGGGGAAGGUGCAUGUGAGCAUGAGGGUGGCUCACCCUUUGCUACAAACACCAGAGGAAGCUGAGGCCCAUUUCAACAUCCGGGUAGCUGAACUCCAGGUAAGAGAGGUGACUGUGCUGCUGGUUCGUUCAUUUGGCGGAAUCCAGAACAUGGCUGACUCUCAUAUGCUUCCUUCUGAUUUGUGCAGACCAGCUCAUCAGUCCAAGGGGUGCUGA